AUACACCAUAGUUUGCUGGUAAAAGUGGUGCACGCGAUCGACUGACACAAAACGGUGAAUAGAUCUAGAGUCUGAGAACCUUUAUCAUUGACAUUAUCAUUCGUCUAUAGUAACAAGAUGUCUUAAUCAUGCCAUCAAUGACACUCACAAAACCUCGUAGGAAGCGAUGCGUUCAUCAACCAGAAGAAGCUCCAUUUCCCGUCCCCAUAGAAACGAUCACUCACAAGCCGGCUGCCAACCGCCAAUGGUUUUUCUACAACGCCCAGAUGAUUGAGAAUGAUGUCAUUGUUCAGAAAGAGGGAGACAUUGUGUUUUUGAGUAAGAUGGGUUUCUUUGGUAAAGGAAUCCUAUCAAGGAGUAAACCUGAACAUCAAUUCUUUGCCUCAUCUUUUCAAGGAGCCCAUAGGAGAAACUUACCACCCAAAGAGCGGAGAUUCCAACAGCAAAGAUUUCAACAAGUACGCCAACACAAGUAUGAGAGACAUCUUUCGUGGCAGAAGCAACUGUUAUUGCAGCAAAGGCAUCGCAAUAAUGAAGAGUCACUGGGAUUAAAGAAUAGUACGAUUACUGAGGAUUCCAUGCAGAGCCCACCCUAUAAGAUAGCAAGUGGGUCUGCAAAACGAGUAAAGCGUGCAACAGUCUCCGAGCGCAACCAUCGCGCAGGGAUUACAACAACUGAUUGUAAGAAGGAGCGGCCGGAAUGGAGGUUGGUUCCAGAGAAUGAGUGUGGGUUGGUGGUAUCUUGCCAAUCUGGAAGGGACAGCAGUCAAACAAUGUCCUCAGAAAAUCUCUUUGUAUCUUCUACCCACCAGGCAAAGACUGAACCUAUGCUGCAAAGCCCAAUAAAGCUUCCUUCUAGUAAUAGGCCUAAGCCUGGAUACGUGGAAGGUAAUGAUUGGAUUAGAUCACCAAAGAGCCCUUUUGAUGGAAAUACGGAGAGUAGACAAGAUGCGCAGGUUUCGUAUCAUCUUUCUGUUAAAGAUUAUCAUCUUGGUACAGAUGACUCUGUAGGGCGUAAGUUUGUCUUCCAAUCUGAGGCUGCUGGUGUGAAGCACACCAUCGGCUCUAGUGAACCAACUUCAUCUUGCCUUCCAUACUCUACUGAUCAAAGUAUUAAACAUGACCGUAGUGAGAAGAUGUUAUCGUCAGGGCAAUCUGGGUUGGUCUGGGACACAAAAGAUGCAGACUGGGCUGAGCACACGGAAGUGCGGAGGGUAGAAGAUGAAGGACAUGGGGGAAAAGAGAACAAUAAAGAACUCCUUGACAGUUCCAGGAUUGAAACAAGUGCCUGGUCCUUGUCAUCUUGGAGGACAGAUCCUGCUGAUUGGAAUCAAGGUCAGGAUGUUGAUAGAGCCCAGUCCCACUCCCAGUCUUGCCAAAGGCGAGACGAGAUUGGCUUCAGAGGAAUCGGCCCUUCUCAAAUUGCAGAGUCAGAUUCUCUUUGCAAUGACGGACAGGAUGGAGGCGCUGAUGGAGCAACAACAAGUGGAUCCUACACUGGUCUUUCAGCACUUGGAUUGGAUCAGACAUCCAUUGAGGAUGAGAAGAAGAGAUCAAGUGGCCACCCAUUUUUGAGUGAGGAAUGGACCAGUGACCCUAGAGAUUGGGAUAUGAAUGAAGGAGACCAAGCCCUAGUCUCUAAAACCAAGGAACAGGAUAACAGGAACUCUACUAAAGAUCUAGGUUUUGACGAUAGCUAUGACCCAACUGAGGAGCAGAGUGAGGGUUUAGAGCCAUCAACUUCAAUGAACCCACAGGAAGCAUCUUAUUCUGAUGAACAGUUGAUAAGUGAAAGGAUGAAAAGAGACUUUAGUGUCAGUGACCGUAAAUACCAUCCAGAGGAAGAUGGUAAAGAAAGUUUAAGACGAUUGAAUAAUGAUGUCAUGGAAUCUUUCAAGCAAGACAAGGUGAACAAGUCAUUAGAGUUCUCUGUGGCUCCAGAAAGAGAUUCCGAAUCCGAUCUUAGCAAUAUCAAUGGUUCCUUUGUUGCUGUACCCACGCCAGUGGAGUUUGAUGAUGCCACCACAAGCCAGACAGAGAGCAAUAAUAUUCUCAGUAUCAAGGGAAAAGAUGCUCACAAAAAGAAUCGUGAAGUCAAGACAGGUCCAGUAAGGCACAAUGACCCGUAUCCUAUCUUUGAACAUCUUCAACUCAGCUAUGAGGAGGCCUUCUUCUUGUCAUAUGGACUUGGAUGUUUGAAUCUGAAAAACACUAAUAAGGAACAAAUGGACCUAACCGAGAUGUGGAGAACGUUCCGUCGCCACCAGCCAAGCUUUGUGGCUAACUAUAUCGUUUAUCACUUCUUCAGAAGCAAGGGAUGGGUGCCUAAGACGGGGCUCAAGUUUGGAGCAGAUUUCAUCCUGUACAAGAAGGGUCCACCUUUCUACCAUGCGAGUUACUGUGUAUAUGUCUUUAUGGUCAAUGAGGAGGAUAUUGAUCAGCAUGGUGUCCAUAAGAUAAACUGGUCUUCCCUGAUGGGUAGGGACCGUGUCAUCGAAAAUGCUGCAAAGGAGCUGAUGUUCUGCUUCGUGAUCAAGCCCAGCAAGUUGCGUCAAAAGGACCUGGAAUCCCCUGCAUGCAUCCCACAAUUCAAGGUUCAGGAGAUGCUGAUGAAAAGAUGGGUUCCUUCUCGUGGAAGACAACAAAAUCAGAUGGAUGAAGAAGUAACUUAGCAAUCCUUGUACAUGUCAGAAGAGUAAAAUGCAGGGAAGGGUCAAGUUAAAUGCUAGUAAAUCACAUUGACCUGUAAUUUCAAGAGAAUGGUUUCAAAAUCAUGAAUAAUAAUUGUUCCCACACCAUAAUAGAUACAGGUCUGGUAAGUUCUAAUGUAGUUUAUUUGAACUAAACGCUGUGAAAGAAUUAAAUCGGAGAACACUGACUAAGUAAAAGUGAACAGAUUACCGGUAGCACAUGUAGGCAUGUGUAUUAUAAUAACCAGGUAAAAACAAAUUUCUUCUUUAAUUAAAAAGUGUGUUAUAAUUUGAAGUUCAAAUUCUUUAGGAUAAUAAUGAUUUGCCGUAUGUGAUUUUGAAAACCCACAUUCUUUUUUGUUUUGUAUGUGAUAUCUGUUUUAAAAGUUGUCUCCUUGUUAUGUGUUUUCAUUUGAUAAGGAAAUAAGACGAACUUCAGAUUGUUCAUGUAGAUCACUAUGGAUCAAAUGAAGAUCGAUUGAUUGAACAUUGUUUUCAUUUCAGGGCAAGUCCAAGGGAAUGUCCCCUCAGAUGUCAAAAAAUCAUCUUGACUUAAUACAAUUGCUAUGACACUGUAGCCAAAGAGUUAAAUAAUUUAUUUCCAAAAAAACAAUAUCUAAAUUCUGCAAAUUGCGCAAAAAUUUGUGCUCUCAUUUAAUUAUAACAGCACACUUUGUAUGGGACAUUAAUCUGAAAAUAUUCAUCUAAAAUCAGUUGAAUUUAUUUUUGAUCUAGUUCUUUUAUGAAUGAGGACCCUCAAUUGUCUGGUUUAAUUUGCAAUUGGUAAGAAAGGAUCAGCUCAUUAAUUAUGCAUAUUUAUGUGAUUUUCUGGAACCACGUGUCCCCAUAGGUAAGGAUUUGAGUAUGUACAUUUUUUAGCUUUUUCUUAAUCUUUAAAUAUCAAACAUUGACAUACCCCCCCCCCCUCCACAAAGUUUGAAGGGGGUAUGUAGGAAUCAGCAUACGGUCCAGCAGGUGGCAAUCAGUCGGACCAUUGUAUUUGCACUUCAAACUACCUCCUCAAUUUUUAACAAAUUGUCAUGAAAUUUGGAACUCACAUUAGUCUUUAGGUAAAGAUGUACAAGACACAUUUCUGUGUGUGUCAGAAAUCGUGUUGCCAAAAACAUAUAGCAAAAAUUGGGUAAAAAUAUUGUGGUUCAAACUACUUCAUCAGUUUUCAACCAAUUCCAUUAAAAUUUCGUUUACAGAUUGGAUUUGAGGUAAAAAUGUGCAAGACACAUUUUUUGUGUAUGUCGAAAAUCAUGUUGCCAUGGUUACAACAUAUAUCAUGAAAUUGGGUUAAAGUCUUGUAGUUCAAACUACUUGAUCAGUUUUCAACCAAUUCUAAUGAAAUUUGGCUUACACAUUGGAUUUUAGGUAAAUAUGUGCAAAGCACAUUUCUGUGUGUGUGUCAGAAAUCAUGUUGCCAUGGUAACAGCAUAUAUACCAAAAAUAAGAUUUAAAAAAUCUUGCAACUCGAACUACAUCCUCAACUUUUAAUGAAUUCUCAUGAAAUUUGGCUUACACAUUGGAUUUGAAGUAAAGCUACACAAGCUACAUGUAGUAACCUUGACUUCUAAUGCUCCACCUCCCCCCCCCCCCCCCCCCCGAGUGACAAGAAUCAAAAUACCCCUGGAGGCCGGGACUAUUAAAUUUUAACCAUGUCUUACCCUAAUUCACCCCUUGCGUGUAACUGGUACCAUAACAUUAUCCUCUCUCCCAUGAAGUCACUGCUGAAAUCCUUAAGAUAAAGUUAAAAUGCUACACUAAAAUUACUAUUCCUGCCCUCUCAUGCAUCAAAUUCCAAUGAAUACCUCAUAGUAUUUGCUCAAGUUACUGAACAUGUUCAUAAUUGAUCAUUACUAUAUCACAACACCUUUGACUGUGCAAGUUCUAAAGGACUCUCCUCUAAAAAAACUGGGAAAAAAUUGAAGGCUUAUUUCUACCCAGCCUAAUUUCUGUACCCUUCAUAUAAGUGGGCAGUGCUCACACGAGCAUGUUUAGUUUUCCAUCAUUUUGGUGUCAUUUGAAAGUUGAGAUUACUUUCUAAAGCCCUUUUCCCCAAAGUGAUAUUUUUUUGGUAGCCAUUUCUAAAUUGUAUAGUUUUUUUGAGAUGCACUGUAUAAUAACACAGCUAAAUCCAAAUGCUCUGAAUAUUUUUCAGAGGUUGAAAUUCUUAAGGUGCAGGAUAUCUUGGGCUUGCCCUUCUUUAUUGUCUUUCUAUAACUUCUCAUCCAGUCUGAACUGUAUAUGUCACAAUUUCAUAUUUCUAUUCUUAACAAAAUGUUAUACAUAUGUAUGUGUGUGUGUAUGUAUGCAUGUCUGUAUGUUUAUAAAUCAUGCAUUGUACAUAAUCUGAUAUAUUUUUCCUCAUUGUAUAGAGAUUAUAUUACAAAUGCCAAUUUAUUCUCUGACACGAACGAGCAGUUGAAAAGAAAUUAUUAUAUUUUCGUAAUGUUUGAAAUAUCAUGUACAGUCCACUAAUACAUGCAUAUUUUAAUUAUAGAAUCUAUACAGAAUGGUUUGCUGAAAAUUUGCUUGUCAACUGGUUUUUCCAUCAGUUUGGUCAGUUAACGGGGAAACCAUGUAAAGUGAAUAUUGCUUUCAGAUGUGCAGUUCUUAAGUUUAUAGAUCGAGUGAUUGAUUGGUAUUUUAAAAGUAUUGGUUAUUCUUGUAAUUCACCGUUUCAUUACUCUAUGGUUUGUAGUUAAGCAUAUUUCAUCUAAUUGCUAAUUUUGAGUACCGGUAGUGGUAGUUUUUGUUCAUUGAUGUUCUAGUUUCAUUUUAUAUAAUCUUGCCAUUGUAAUUGUCGCUUUAUUACUGUAUCACGUGUGUGAAGUCUCAUUUGUAGUCCAAGUGACGCUAAAGAUAUUUGGCCAUGGAUGCAUGAAAUCAUGUUUGUUAUCUUUUUUUUUCAUUGACACCUAUCAUCAUCUAGGGUUAGAAGACAAUUAUUUUACUCUUUCAUUGUAACUACUCUCAAUGUAUUGUGCUUUAUAUCUUUAUUGAAAAAGGCACUAUAGAAAUUUUAUUAGUAGUAUUGUUAUUAUUUUAUGUGGAGCGUUGUGGCCCAGUGGAUUAGUCUCCGGACUUUGAAACAGAGGGUCGUGGGUUCAAAUCCCAGCCAUGGCGUAGUUUCCUUCAGCAGGAUUUUUAUCCACAUUGUGCUGCACUCAACCCAGGUGAAGUGAAUGGGUACCUGGCAGGAAUUUAUUCCUUGAAAUGCCGAGUGCUGGAAAGACUGCUUGAGCUACAGCCAGGGUAAUAAUAUCCAAGUCCUUUGGAAGCGCAUAGAGACGAUAUUCAUAAUGUGUUAUGCGCUAUACAAGAACUGACUAUUAUUAUUAUAUAUAUCAAUUACAUUCAUAAUAUAAGCCCUUUACAUUGAGAAUGAAAUUGAUAAAUCCAUAUGGUGAUAUUUCAAAGUUUUGAUUAAACUAUAAUAAAACCUGUGAAACCACAUGAAUUGUAUAAAAUAGAAAAAUCAAAGAAACUGAUUGAUCAGUGAAAGUUUUAGAUUGAAUAAAUGAUGAAAAAGUUUUGUGCAUUGGAAUGUUGA